AUGUUACAAACCAAGGCGGCCAGCGACAAGACACGGAACAUGCAGAAGGAGUUGUUCAAGGCCUUGGUACUGCAGCUAACCAUGCCCGCCAUCUUCGUCUACACCCCAAUGUCGAUCGCCUUCCUUGGCGGACUUGUCGGCAUCCAGACCUUUCCCAUUGGCACGUUCAACAUCAUUCUGAUGCUGGAUCCAAUUCUCGAGCCAAUUGUUAUUGUCUGGUUCGUCAAGUGCUAUCGUUAUCCAAUUCUGCGCAUGCUCUGCUGCGGGAAUUCACGACUUGCCAACUACGUGGCGGACAGCUCGAACGCCAAACAAUCUAUGGAAGCCCCGACCGCUCCCUCUGGAUUGGUGACGGAGAGCGCCAGAAAAGUCGAGGCA